AUGGCCGCGAUUCUCAUGACUCUCUGGGCUGAGGCUGUGAUGCAGUCCAAUACCAGUGCCAUUAAACUCUUCAGUCAGAUACAGGCCUCCCUCCAGGUCUUAGGUGAGCUGAACGCGGGUGUUAGUCUCAGCUGGGCUUGCACUGAGGUGUACUUUCCUCAAGAUGCUGCAGGCAAGACGGCCAGUGUUGCACCAGCGGACUUGCACAGCAGCAAUGAUCAAGUUUACUCCUUUGAGCUGACUUUUGACGCAUCGCUCACUGCGCACGGAAAUCUGGUAUUGUCUCUCACCCCCGAAGUCCGCUUCGGCAUUUCCGUCCUUGGGGGCGACUUGAUUGCAAGCAUUACGGGCGAUGGUUUGAUGAGUGCUGGAUUCUGCUAUUGGGCGGACUUCGUCUAUUCCAUUUUUAUCCAGGCGGAGGCCUCCUUCCUCAAUGGAGAAGCAUACUGGGGUGACAAAUAUGACGUUGUCUCUCCCAGUGACCCGCUGGCUCUUGUGGAAGAAACCUGCGUCAACUAUGCGAGCAGUGACCCCCUUAGUAAGAGAGAAGCUGUUGAGGCGUUGGUAUUGAAUAGCACUGGAAAUGCUUGCUUUGGGGGCCUCAUUGCCUGCAACACCGUCGAUGACAUGAGCACUGCGUCCGGAAUCUGCAUAAAUAUCCAGAAUUACCUGGAUAGCCACGCAUUGCAGUGGUCGCCAACCUACAUGGGUGCCAUGUUCAUGCGUCUGACAUACAAACGCGAUAGUGGCAACACCAAUCGGGACCUGGCUUGUGGAAAUCCAAGUGGGACCGGGAAUAUGGCUGCCCACUGUAAACAGAUUAAACGGUCGCUCUGGCCUCUUGCGGUUCGGCAAGCAGGAUCGAACGCCGCAGGAAUGUAUGGGUGGAGUGAAUCAAUUUCCUGCGAUGAGUUCCCGUUCAAUUCCGCCGCAGAAGGUGGAACCGGUGCCAGUACCUCUUGCACGCCAUGGGAACAGCAAACCUACCAGUCUUACAUUACCCAGAAAAUUAUAUACAUCCGGGAUAAGACCAACAACAACCAGAUGUGGCAGACUGAGCCAUGGGGCGGUCCCCUUCCACGCCAAUACACGGUAAACCUGUUCGAUAGCAGCAGCAACCCCACAGGCACAUUCCUCGGAACCUACGGGGGCUACCUCGCGGGUAAUCAGAACCUCAUCCGGGCCCGCAUCGCCGGCGGCGUCAACACCUUUGGCAGCAACAGUGUCUACUCUUUGUCCUCGGGCACGUACAACGCCCUCUGCCACCUAGAUGACGGCUAUCAGACGAGAACGACCGCCAUGGGGGUCGACUACAUCAAGCUAAUAGUGUGUAACGUUGUGUAUGGGGACUCGACGGGGGCGGAUCUCACCAGGCGAGACGGGAAGUAUGGCGACGAUGACUCGUACACAGGUCGUCCGGAGAUGCAUCCUCGAUUCUGGCAGGUGGAAGAGCUUCGCAUUCCCAAGAAUUGGCAGGACCAUGUCAUUCUCAUGCGGCGGGAUGGCUCGGAUGGACCUGCCCAGAGCCCGGCCCAAGAGAACAACGGUGAGUCAGAUGGUUGGAAGUGGGAUGACACAGAUUCAGUCGGUUUCACUCUUCUGGACGGCGAUGGUCAGCCUGCCUCAGGCUCAAACAGUGCAUCCGCAACAUUGGCCACCCGAGCCGAAGACGAGACUGUUUCGGUAAUCGAUGAGGAAAGUGACGUGCAUCAGUCGAGGUCCGCAUCACGGAAUCAUUAUGGACAAUAUUUCCACCGGCACGCCCAUGGACAUCACUAA